AUGGGGCUUGGAAAAACUGUGAUGACGAUUGCUCUGAUACUUGCAAGACCUGGCAGAGGAAGCCUUAAUAGCCAAAACAUACUCAUAGAGGCGGCGGAUGAUACUGAAUAUAUAAAGAGAAAGAAGAAAGAUUCUGAUGCACAAGUGCCACUAAAAGUUAAAGGCGGCACUCUCAUUGUUUGUCCCAUGGCUUUGCUCGGCCAGUGGAAUGACGAGCUUGGAACCCAUUCAAAGCCAGAAAGCAUUUCAAUUUUUGUUCACUAUGGUGGGAAUAGAAGCAAUGAUCCCAAGGUUAUUGCAGAACCUGAUGUGGUCUUAACAACAUAUGGCGUCUUAACUGCAGCUUAUAAAAUUGAUGGAGAGAACAGCAUUUUCCAUAGAGUUGAGUGGCAUCGGGUAGUGUUAGAUGAAGCCCAUACUAUCAAAGCUUCAAGGACUCAAGGUGCUCAGGCUGCCUUCACGUUGUCUUCGUAUUGCCGCUGGUGUCUAACUGGAACACCUCUUCAGAGGCCUUAUGAGAAUGGUGAUCAGAGAGGGCUGAAAUUGAUCAAGUCUAUUCUGAGGCCAUUGAUGUUGAGAAGAACAAAAGACACAAAGGAUAAAGAGGGAAGGCCCAUACUUGUCCUUCCUCCAACUGAUAUCCAAGUCAUUGACUGUGAACAAACAGAAGCUGAACAUGAUUUUUAUGAUGCCCUCUUCAGGAGAUCAAAAGUCCAGUUUGACCAGUUUGUGGCACAAGGCAAAGUUCUUCACAAUUAUGCAAAUAUUCUUGAGCUGCUGCUUCGAUUGAGGCAGUGUUGCAACCACCCAUUUCUUGUUAUGAGCCGAGGUGAUUCACAAGAAUAUGCUGACCUGAACAAACUUGCCAGAAGGUUCCUUGAGGUGAAUUCUGAUUCUGCCUCUCAUAAAGUUCCAAGUGAAGCAUAUGUUCAAGAGGUUGUUGAGGGUCUCCGGCAGGGUGAAAACACAGAGUGCCCUAUAUGCCUGGAGUCUGCAGAUGACCCUGUGCUCACACCUUGUGCACAUAGGAUGUGCAGGGAGUGUCUUUUCUCAUGCUGGCGAACACCGUCAUGUGGGCUAUGCCCAAUAUGUAGGCAACUGAUUAAGAAAACUGAACUCAUUACCUGCCCAUCUGCAAACCGGUUCAGAGUUGAUGUUGAGAAGAACUGGAAGGAGUCUUCCAAGGUUUCAAAGCUCUUGGAUUGCUUGGAACGUACAAUUCAUUCAGGUUCUGGAGAAAAGAGCAUUGUCUUUAGCCAGUGGACUUCUUUUUUGGAUCUUUUGGAGAUCCCCCUCAAGAGCAGAGGAAUUUUGUUCUUAAGGUUUGAUGGGAAAUUGUCUCAAAAACAAAGAGAGAGGGUCUUAAAGGAGUUCAGUGAGACCAGAGACAAAAUGGAUCCAUGGUGGAAUCCUGCAGUAGAGGAACAGGCGAUAAUGCGAAUUCAUCGUAUUGGUCAAAAAAGAACAGUUUGCGUUAGAAGAUUCAUUGUCAAGGACACGGUGGAAGAGCGGAUGCAACAAGUUCAAGCAAGAAAGCAACGGAUGAUAGCUGGAGCCCUCACCGACGAGGAAGUCCGAUCAGCUAGGAUUGAAGAACUUAAAAUGCUUUUCAGAUGA